AUGCAGCUGUUUGCGGCUGCGCUCGCCAUCACCGCCGCGAUCAAGUGGCAGCCGGCGGAAUCCCUGGAGCCGCUACUGGAGUCCAAUGAGCCGCCAUACACGCUUAUAAACUUCGCACUUGAGGAAGACCCGCGCGUCGACCAGAGAUACAGCGAGAAGCAGCGGUUAGUACGCCUAACGUGUCUAAACAAACACGUGCAGAACAGCAGGCGCACCAGGCUGGACACGCAAUUCAGCCGACGCCGAGAGUGGCUGGACACGCAAUUUGAGCACCUGAGGCGCAAGCAAAGACAGAACAAAGAGGGCAAGUGGAAUCAAGUCUCGCAUACUCAGCGCAUAAUGCACUGGGCACGCUGUCUGCUUGCUGCCAUACGGCCCUCGGGCCUGGCCGUGAGGCUGCCCAGGACCGGCAUCGCAGACGACACGCGCAACGUCAACAAGGCGCUCAAGUCGAUACGCAAGGAGCUUGGAGUCAGUCAGAUGCGCGAAACGAAGCCCAAGCCGCCUAAACCCAGCGAUGACGGCGAUAGCGCGAGCAUCGGCAACAAGCUCGAUGUCGCGAGGCUCAACCUCAAAAACAAACUACAUCGUAGUAUAUGGCUCGCCAUGAAACGGCGAGACAAACCGCAGUUCACGCAGCUGGAGAAGCAGAUCAGGGCGACUGACGUCGAACUUGACGGAGUCUCGUACACGCUGCUCGUGCACGCCACCCUGCUCUUCCACGGGCCGGGGGAUGAGGCCAUGGCGCUCAUACAGGAAAUGAGGGAGCGAGGCGUCCACCCUAGCCUCAUCAGGUUCAACGCGCGAAUAGUGGCUGCGCACGCCGAGAUGGAUGGACUGGGCGCCAGGCCGUUGCCGGCGAACAUCGUGCAGAUGGCGCGUGCCUCGUGGCUCACCGCCGUAUUCAUCACCAGACGAUACCCGACGCAGGAGUCCAUACUGCGCAUGGAGGCCGAGAUAGAAGAAAGGGAACAGCGCUACCUGGAGUCGGACUUGGCAGUUGAGGAGGCACGGCAGCGUGAACUUGUCAACAGUCCAAAUGGGAAACUCACCAAGGGUUCCCCUAUCGAAUGA